AUGGCAGCGACGCUGAGCCUGGAGCCCGCGGGCCGCAGCUGCUGGGACGAGCCGCUGAGCAUCACCGCGCGCGGCCUGGCCCCCGAGCAGCCCGUCACGCUGCGCGCCGCCCUGCGCGACGAGAAAGGCGCGCUCUUCCGCGCCCACGCGCGCUACCGCGCCGACGCCCACGGCCGGCUGGACCUGGCGCGCGCGCCCGCGCUGGGCGGCAGCUUCGCGGGGCUCGAGCCCAUGGGGCUGCUCUGGGCCCUGGAGCCCGAACGGCCUUUCUGGCGCCUGGUCAAGCGCGACGUGCGGACGCCCUUCGUGGUGGAGCUGGAGCUGCUGGACGGCCACGAGCCCGACGGCGGGCGGCUGCUGGCGCGGGCGGUGCACGAGCGGCACUUCAUGGCUCCCGGGGUGCGGCGCGUGCCCGUGCGCGAGGGCCGUGUGCGCGCCACGCUCUUCCUGCCCCCAGAACCUGGACCCUUUCCGGGGAUCGUGGACCUUUUUGGAGUUGGAGGUGGCCUUCUGGAGUAUCGAGCAAGUCUGCUGGCUGGGAAGGGUUUUGCUGUCAUGGCUCUGGCUUAUUAUAACUACGAUGACCUCCCCAAGGGCAUGGAUGCCAUGCACGUGGAGUAUUUUGAAGAAGCCGUGAACUACCUGCUUAGCCACCCUGAGGUAAAAGGUCCAGGAGUUGGAGUGCUUGGCAUUUCCAAAGGGGGUGAACUUGGCCUUGCUAUGGCCUCCUUCCUGAAGGGCAUCAAAGCUGCUGUCAUCAUUAAUGGCUCUGUGGCUGCUGUUGGGAAUACCAUAUACUACAAGGAUGAGACUAUCCCUCCUGUGACUAUCCUGAGAAAUCAAGUCAGGAUGACCACAACUGGAAGAGCGAGUUCUAUGCCAAUGAGAUCUCCAAACGCUUACAGGCCCAUGGGAAGGAGAAGCCCCAGAUCAUCUGCUACCCGGAAGCGGGACAUUAUAUUGAGCCCCCUUAUUUCCCACUGUGCAAGGCUGGCAUGCACCUCCUGGUGGGUGCUAAUAUCACCUUUGGAGGGGAGCCUAAGCCUCAUGCCAUGGCCCAGUUGGAUGCAUGGCAGCAACUCCAGACUUUCUUCCACAAACACUUGGGUGGUAAGAGUUAGGGGGUGACUCCCAAAAUACAACCUAUUUUUUAAUGGCCUUGGGGGAAAAGGUUCAAAUACAUUGUAAGAAUAUCAGUUAAUAUUACUUCAUCUGAACAUAGUGUUGAAUGUAGUGCUUGAAUAUAAUAUUCAAGGGCUGGAAACGUAGUUCAGUGGUAGAGUACCUGACUGGCUUGUGUAAGUCCCUGGGUUCAAUCCCAAGUGCUGUAGGAAAUCAGAAAAAUGUUAUAUGGAAACUGUACCUUUUCAAGGAAUUGUGCCUGGAAUCAAAAGAAUAUCAUGAGUAGCCACACUGUUGUGUCAUUAAAAAUUAUGUACUUCAA